UUAUUAUUAUUAUUAUUAUUAUUAUUAUUCAGCUCCUGUGACUCUGUCCUCUUCUUCUUUAUAAAACAUCUUAAUUUUAGUCAGGCUGGAUGGAGAACAUCAGUUUUCUGGACUUUGACUAGGCCAUUUUAACCCAUAAAGUUGCUUUGACCUAACCAUCCCUGCAUGUUCAAUCCCAGUCUCUCUUUUUUGAAGGUUUUCUUCCAAGAUUGUCUUAAUUUAGUUCCAUCCAUCUUCCCAUCAACUCUGACCAACCUCCCGCAGCAUGAUGCUGCCACCACCGUGCUUCACUGUGUGUUCAGGAAAACCAGAUCGUUUCAGUUUUGGUUUCAUCUGAACAGAGAAAUUUCUUCCACGGGUUUCCCGAGACCUUCAGGGCUUUAGGUGAACCGGAAAAAUGAAUCCUGGCCUUUUCCUCUCCUUCAUGUCCAGGUCCAGGUCCAGGUCCAGGUCGUCCAUCUUGUCUCCAUGUCUCUCUGAGACGUUCAGAACCUCAGAUGUUGUAGAACCAGAACCAGCUGCUGCCUCCAUGUUGCUAUUUUAAUCAUCUUCCUCUUUUCUUUCUCUGCUGUCACAUAAAAUGCAUUAAAUCUCCUUCCUCUGCCUACAUGCAUGUAUGUAGCUUCUCUCUCUCAUCGUGAGUGUGUGUGAGGGUGUGUGUGUGUGUUUGUUGUUUGUUUUGAGACUUUCUGAUGAAAUCUGACAGAAAUUCGUUAAAAGAAAUAAAAUCCUCGCCCCCUGAGGCAAUGUCACUUCCUGCCGCGCUGCUGUCAGCUUAUUGAGCAACAGACCGGUGUGAAACGCCAAUCAGUGCAGUUGCCAUGGAGACCGAGGCGGCGAUGCAGCAGCAUCAGCAUCAUCAGCUGAGGAUGAGGAGGAGAGGCGAGCUCGGCGCUUCGCUCAGUCGGAGAAACGGAUCGGAUCAGCCGGACGGAACCAGCUUCCCAGGAGUUUAAUCUCAGCAGCUGAUGGUUCAUCUCAGUUAACGGUGAGCGGAGACGCCUAGAGCGAGAUCCAACAUGGCCGCCGAGGACGGAGAGCGAGGAGGACCGAGGAGGAAGCCGAGGCUCCUGCUGGGAAGAACCAGAACGAGGAGCACCGGAGAGGAAACCAAACCAGAACUGGCCGGAAACGGGGAGGAAACAUCGGCUGGGAGCGACAAACAGACAACCUGCAGGGGGCGCCAGAGCGCUGCAGGGAAAAGGAGACGCAGGUGGUGGAGCGGCUUGUCCUCAGCAGUCAGCUGCAUCAGGAGACAGGAGGACGGUGAGGCGAGUCCACCACAGAGGGCGCUGCAGAGACAGGAGGAAGGUGAGGCGAGUCCACCAGAGGGGGCGCUGCAGAGACAGGAGGACGGUGAGGCCAGUCCACCAGAGGGGGCGCUGCAGAGACAGGAGGACGGUGAGGCCAGUCCACCAGAGGGGGCGCUGCAGAGACAGGAGGACGGUGAGGCCAGUCCACCAGAGGGGGCGCUGCAGAGACAGGAGGACGGUGAGGCCAGUCCACCAGAGGGGGCGCUGCAGAGACAGGAGGACGGUGAGGCCAGUCCACCAGAGGGGGCGCUGCAGAGAGAGGAAGAGAUGAGGAAGAUGAGGAACGUUUUGAGGAGAUUCGUUCCACUGAGGAAGAAAUCUUCUCCGUGGUUCCGCACUAAACUGCAGAAGUUCUUCAUCAGAGCGGGAAGGAGACGGUCCGUCCCGCCGGGACACGAGGAGGACACGGUGUUGGGACCUGACCUGUGUGCUUCCGGACUCGCCGAGAUACCUGAAGGUCCUCCACAGGUCCAGAUGUUCUGCUACCAGGCGGAGCAUUUACAUGAAGAACCGGAACCUACAGCAGAAAUGGCAGACCCUGAAGAUGGACCGGUGCCGGUCCAAAUGGCUCAAAUAAACCAGGUUCUGGUGCGGGACGUGUCCUCAGAAGAGGACGAGGUUCUGUUUGACUCAGAACUUGUUGUGGACCUCCAUGACCAGCCCGCGUUCCAGUUCCCCCCAGAGGACAAGAUGGUCCAGAUGUCUGUCCCGCCCCAACCGUCCACCAACGGACCGUCCAUCCGGAUCCAGCUCUGUCCGCCGGAUGACUCCGCCCAGGAGGAAGAGGAGGAGGAGGAAGGCUGGGUGGGCGUGGCCUCCGCAGAGAGCCACCUCCUCCACCUGAUCUGCUCCGACCCGACUGAGCGGCAGCUGCAGCAGGCGGCCCGGUCGCUGGUCAGAACCGCCAUGAGCGCCGCCGUGGAUCAGCUGACCCGAGAGCAGCGGGGCAGCGGAGGCUCCGCCCACCUGGAGCCCCCGGGCGCCAGGUGACAGUCUGAGACGGCAGGAACGUUCAGAGUAGCGCUAGAAAACACCUAGCUUAGCGUUAGCAUUAGCGUUACUGAAACAAACACCUGUACGAGUCUGAAUACUCAAAACAACCUGUUCAAACAAGCUGCAGCCUCAGCAGAACUGAACCAUCAUAACCGAGCUCUGCUAAGCUAGCUAGUUUCAGCGACACUUCCUGAUGGGAAUAUCAAAAUAAAAGCACUUCCUGUUCUGAUAAUC